AUGGCUGGCGAGUUGGGGACGCUGCUCACCCUGCUCGACAUGGAGGUACGCCUCGACAUGGAGGUGCGCCGAGAGCGAAGUUUGUUCAGCGCUACCACCUAUUUCGCGUCCCCACGUGGUGAGGCUCCAGCGGCGCUCGCGGGCGCUGCCGGGUUUGUGGAUGCGUACACACAAAUGCAAAGUGCGGUCCACGCCCUCACAUGUUUUCACAUGCUUAGAGUGUUUCUGGUUUCCGCCACCUUAGACACAGAGGGCAGACUCUUGGACUCUUGUCCGCACGAGCGCAAGGGUGCGUUUGUAGCGUGUCAUCGGCCGCGGCCAGUGCGAGAAGGAUGUGCAGAAGUGUUGGGGGUGAAGGGCUGGCCAAUGACUAGGAUCGGAGACAGUGCGGAACUCCUACCAGCCGAGAUCACCACAGGUGAGGCUGUGGAAGUGCCAGGACUGAAGGGCUACGUCAAUCUCAGAUGCUCUCUUGGCGUUCUGAGCGCCGACGCCGCCAGCUGCCAUUCCGCGCCACAAGGUGCGCGGACGGCCUACCGCUUGCUGAAUGCGGACUACCUGCCAGGUGCUUGGAGAGUUUUCGAAGCCGCCUUCUACGACAACGCAGAGUGCCAAGGAGGCCGCUGGAAAGGCGAGGUGUAUGGGGUCUCCGAAGAGUCCGAGACCGGACGCACAGUGGCCUUGGCCUUUGAUGGCAACCGCUCAUCGUUCUGGAGUGCCUGGUGUCCACGGGGGUGUGCAGCAAGUACAGCAUGGCUGGCCCUGGCCCUCCCCGAGCCGCGCACGCUGCGCUGCGUGUCCUUGCAGCAAAGCCAGGUGUCCUGCUGCAGGGCUCUCCGCAUACAUCUUGAGGUUUGGGAUGGCCAAGGCUGGCAGCUCGCCCACACCUGGGAUGUGCCGAGUGAGGGGAGGCUGAUAGGCCACAACCUGGUGGUGCCCAGCUCCUGCACUGGUGGGCUGGAUGUAGGUGCUGGCAUCCAGCACGAUUGUGCAGGCGCACCGGUGGUCGGUCUCAAGGAAGGUGCCACUUGCAAGGCCAGCUGCGCACCAGGCUUCGUGGGCGGUGACUCCGAGUUUGUCUGCCAAGGCGACGGGACGCUGCAGGGGACUGCCCCAACAUGCGUUGAUGUGCAGCAGUACACGCAGUUUUCCAUCUACAUCCUCGUUGCGCUCGCAGUGCUGGGGCUCGGGUGCAUCUACAGCUGCGUGUGCAUGGUCGGCAAGGCCCGCCUCACCUACGACGUCGGGGACCUGCCAAAGAGCUUUCAAGGCCGGUGGUUGGAGUCCAAGGGCAUGACUUCUUGGGAGCUGAUGAUCGCCGAGCAGAAGGCCAACAGCAAGGAGAAGGCUGCCAAGUUGUUGGCUCCACCACCAGCAGGUUUCCCCUCCCAAGCGCGAGGCGCUUCAGGGACGAAUCAAGGCCUCGACCGCCGAAGAGCACCGACGCCACAGACGAUGUCAGGAGGUGCCUCGAAACGGCGUAGUAGGCCGAACAGUCAGAAGCAGGGCGUGGAUGGCGCUUGCUCGCCCUGUGAAGAUCCGGACCUAUGUCUGGCCUACCUUCUGUGCCCGCUUUGCCGGCAGGCGGACACCUGGCACACUUUGGGCGUGCCGGAGUGGCAGACCUACUGGAAGGUCCUGGCUGCCUACAUCCUUUGCCCCUGGUGUUGGCCCUGCCUGAACUUCUACGGCAGAUAUCGUAUACGCCAGGCCUUCAAGAUUCAUUUGGAGCCGCACCGCGACUUCUUGAUGCAUUGCUGUUGCUGCUGCUGUUGCUCGCCUUGUGGACACCUGCAAGAGGCACGGCUGGUGGAUGCCCCGAUACUGUACUUCCAUUGCAAGCACAAGCUGGCAGACUUCCACAUUCGCGAGGUUGCAGAGGCGCAGGAGGAAGCUGCCGUCUGA